CGCGCUCGUCCUCUCUCUCUCUCUCUUAGCAGCAUUUAAUCGAGUGUACAUAAUAAUUAUAUAUUCUUGUACAUCUCCUUUUGGUGAUUUGUAUAAUGUUGUAACACACGGUUUAGUUUUUAUAGUGUUGUACUGAAAAUUCAGUGUUUCCGAGGGCUUUUACCAGCUAAGUGUAUAGUUAAGAGUACAGUCUGUUUCGGUUUGUUUGUUGAAAGCCAAUAGUGGGAAGUGAAAAGUCGAUGGGACAGGAGAUUCUUCGUGACUUUUAUUGGCAAAUUUGAGCUGCUCGAGAUGCCGUACAUCAAGAGAUCCAUUCGAGGUUUCAACCCCCAUUUGGCGUUUUCUAUCGGAGCUGCAGCAUUAGGUUCCGGCUUCCAGCACGGCUACAAUACCGGAGUAGUCAACCCACCACAAAAGAUUAUCAUGGAAUGGAUUUCGGAGACAAAAAUAAAUGGAAGCACCGAAGAACUAGACCCGGAAGACCUUAAGAAAAUUGUAGUCGGAAUAUGGUCGAUAACUGUGGCAAUAUUCUGCGUGGGUGGCAUGAUUGGUGGUGCCCUGGUAGGCACAGCUGCAAAUCGUUUCGGUCGCAAGGGCAGCCUCCUACUCAACAAUGUGCUUGUCUUUAUGGCCGUGAUUUGCCAGUCCUUGGCUAAGCCGACGGGUCACUACGAGCUGCUAAUCCUCGGCCGGUUUAUCAUUGGCAUCAACGCGGGCCUCAAUGCAGGCCUGGCGCCCAUGUAUCUAGCCGAAAUAUCGCCAAUGCACCUGCGAGGUGCCGUCGGCACGGUAUACCAACUGGUCAUCACGAUUUCGAUUCUGAUAGCCACGAUACUUGGUAUGCAAAAUGUCAUGGGCACAGCUGACCUUUGGCCCUGGCUUCUGGCUAUGACCAUCGUACCAGCUAUCGUUCAACUCAUCACCCUACCUUUUUGCCCCGAAAGCCCCAAAUACCUCUUGCUCAGCAAAGGCAAAGACAUGGAUGCUCAACGAUCUUUGACGUGGCUUCGAGGCACUAUUGAGGUCCAUGAUGAGAUGGAGGAGAUGCGCGCCGAGUACGAGUCUGUCAAACUGGUACCCCAGGUCACGCUAACUGAGCUCGUCAUGAACUCCUCGCUUCGAAUCCCGCUUUUCAUCUCCGUAAUGAUUAUGUUGGCCCAACAAUUGUCUGGUAUCAACGCCAUUAUGUUCUAUUCUACACAAAUCUUCGAAAUGGCUGCGCUUAAUGAGAAACAAGCUCAGUAUGCGACCAUCGGCAUCAACGUUGUCAACGUUCUGAUGACCUUCGUCUCUAUGAUUCUCGUUGAGAAGGCUGGUCGCAAAACAUUGCUGUUGUUCGGCUUCUUUGGCAUGUUCAUCGACACCGCUUUACUCGGGAUCUGCCUUCCAUUUAAGGGAAGCAAUGUGGCUUCGGCAAUGUCAAUCCUGCUGCUCUAUUUGUUCAUCGUACUAUUUGCCUCUGGCGCGGGCAGCAUUCCCUGGUUCUUGGUGUCCGAACUGUUCAACCAAUCGGCACGUCCCACCGCUACAUCAGUGGCCAUCGCUAUCAAUUGGGCCGCCAACUUCAUCGUCAGCGUCACGUUCCCAACACUGCAGGAAUUAAUCGAGUCUAACGUGUUCUUCGGGUUCUCCGUAAUCCUGUUGCUGUUCUCUGCGUUCAUCUGGUUCAAAGUUCCAGAAACAAGGAACAAGUCCAUCGAAGAGAUAAGUAGCAUGUUCCGCCAGCAGUCGUACCAAUGAGGGGAGCAAGCGCUAAACGGGGAAUCAAUCGUUUCCCACACUUCUAAAACAACAGGUCUCAAAUUACGUGCCUGGUGCUCGGGAAGUGAACAUUCGCGAGUCCGCUGCGCGGACGGUAAUAUUGACUUCCCGGACACUAGGACACGUAAAAUCGUAUACGCGCCGCGUUCGGAGGUUAAGAAAUGCCCUAGAUUCCACGUUAACCGCCCUUGGCUUCGCCUCGGGCGUUUAUUUACGUGAAAUCUACGACAUUCUUAACCUCAAUCACUAGGUGCGUAAUGUAAUAUUUUGCCCACACAUGACACGAGUUAUCCAAAAGAAAGUAAUUUUCAUCUAUGUACAAGCAUACGAAACGUAAAGAACUAUUUUUUUUGCUGAGAUGAAUGGCGUUCCAGAUAAAGAAAACGAGUCAACGCCGUCAAUUUCGUCUUUCUUUUGGAAAAUUUGUACUCUUGGUUUUUUUAUCAUUCAAUCGUUGUAGCAGCAAUUGACGGAUAACAAUGGCAUAAAAAUGAUUAACAAACAAAACAACGUUACUAAUAAGCUAUUACUUAGUUCCUAUAUUGUUCCCGACACCGUGCGCCCGAGAUAAGCAAGGUUUGAUUAAAGAUAGGAUGGUCAUGAGGGUUAUGUCGACGCGUGAUGAAAAGCAUCCGCGAUGCCCGGGAAACAGAUUCUUUUAUAACUCUGAUACUGUUGAAUGUGUGAAAAAUACAAUUGCAUGUGUAUAAUGUAUAUCGUAUCAGGAUGAAUUCAAUAUGGUCACAAUAUAUAAUAUUAAAGUUUCGCCAAGGCAGACUCACUGGUGGGGCCCUUCUUUGUUAACAGCGGCUUACGGCAAAGCGUUGCUCAAGUGGAUUUUCCAAAUCUCUAGUCACGAGAGAAAACAAUAGACAAAAAUUUUUCAGCAAAAACAAUAUAAAACCCCCACUUGUUGUUCCAUUACGUUAUAAUCUUCCAAUUUUUUUAAACGUCCCGAUUUUUGUAAUUUCUUUUGUUUUCUUCAACGCGACAUCGAAUGAAAGCCGUAGAAACACCUUGUCUUUGCCAAAUGUAUUCGCGAGUCUUGCACCGAGGUUGGUGUUGAAUUUCCGCUCGCGUUAUAGACUCAUCACUUUUACAACUUGAGUGUCAACGUGAGAUCCUCUACUUCUGUACUUGUUCGAAUAUCCGAUAAUUUUAUGUAUAUUUGUAUAUUACACGCGUAUUGUGUAUAAGUUACAUUCAUAAUAAUAAUAAUAAUAAUACACACACAAAAAACGUACUGAAUCGGACAUCGAAGGUCGCGAGUCGCGUACCAUAACCGCUAUUAUAAUAUAAUUAUUUUUGUAUGAGAAAAAAUUCAUUGAAGACUGUGGCUUAAGAGGGUCCGUGCACAUAAUAAAAGAAAAUAAGGGCGAGCUGUGCGGUAAAGCCGUUGUGGGCGAAACUUUAGGGGAAAAAAUUCAAAGUGCAUUAGCUUUCGAUAAUCAAAAUUUUUUUCUAAUUUUUAUUUUUAUUUCUUUUUAGUACAACUCUAUAGUUUUACAAGGCUACGUCAAUGUCUUUUAUUUGAUUAUGUUGUACAAUUUUUUUAUUGCUUUGUAAUGCAAAAAGCUGUUUAAAAAAAAAAUCUUUUUCGAACAUGCACCGCUGACACAAGGUUUCUUAUGGGUAUCAUAAACUAUAUUAUUUUUAUUUUUUUUAAUUUUCAAAGGCGACGAGAAUGCUUUGAGUAUAAAUGUAGAUUUUUUUACACGAGAGCGAGCCUUUGAUCACGUCUGAGAGAAAACGAAGUAUAAAAAUAUACGUCUCAGAAUUCAUUAUUUUUUCAGAAUCACCAUAACCACAAAUGUUCGUAUACAUGUAUCAUAAAAUAUAUAUAAUAUAUAUCGUUUUUUUAAACGAUAAAAAGUGGAACAGCAGGAUCGAAUCGAUGUAUUGUUCGAUUGAUUCUAAAAUGACAAAAACAUUCGUCGAAAUAAUUUGUCCCGUGCGAAGUAAGCAUAUAAAAAUGGUGUAUAAAGAUACUGGAUAUUUUGUUACAUAACCUAUAUAAAUCGAGAAAAAAUCACAUCACGUCAUGCAACGGUAAAUAUUCGCCACUCGCAACAUAUCCCAUCAAGUCGACAGUUUAAAGGAAAAAUUAAUCGCAGUAUUCCAGCAACGAUUAUUUUUUACUUGACCAUACUUAUUAUAUACUUUGAUCAACUUGAAAAUAUGAAACGAGUCACGAAUAAAAGGUAGUGUGAUUUUUUUCGUCAGACUGUGUGUGUUGUCCGUGUCAUAAUAAUUGUAAAUAUGAAAAAAAAAAAAAAUCAUUUAGUUUAAUAUUGUAUAGCCAGAUAGAUUAAAUAAUUCUACAUAAAUAUAUAUUUCUAUGUGUAUUGUUUAGUUAUAUACGUUUGAAAGAAGGAAGCAAAGUUAUGUAAAAGUCGAGACCAAGACGUGAGAGUAAAAAAUCGGCACGCCUUCUUUUUCCCUUCGUCUAUAAUGUUAUUUAUAAUUGAGAUGAGCUACGUGAGAGCGCUGUUUUCUAUAUACAAAUGAAAAUACAUAUGAAAAAACCACUAUGCAGGAAAUCAAUUGAACAAUGCAUGAAUAAUAGUUCAAUGUAGAUGCAGAGAUGUAAAAAAAAAAAAAAGUAGGAAGGUAUACAUAAUUUUUUUCCGUAGUCAGGCUUACGAAGAUAAAUAAUACUCAAACUGUUUUUAAGUUUUUAAAACUGCGAAUAAUCAAUAGCAGAAUCUCAGUAGUUCUCAGACGGCGAAUUUUUGCAAAGAGAGCCUUGAACAACUCGAGUACAGAGGAUUUUAAUCUUUUACAGAUUCAGCACUUGGGGUCAUUGUAUUGUUUAACAAUAACCAUCGACCGUGUAUUUUUUUAUUCAAAGAUGAUGAAUAAUUGAAUUUUUUUACGAUUUAUUAAUAAUGUUGUUUUAACAAAUUUUUUAUUCGUUUCAACGAUAAAAGUAAGCUGAUCUGUACUCUCGUUCUUCUUUUAGAUCGAAUACCCGAACGUCGACUUUUUUUUUUUUUAAACACGUAUUUUUAGCAUUUAGUUUGUAGAACAUACUUUUAUAUUACGAAACCAGUACGAGUACUAGUAAGCUGUCUGCGCCAUGUUGUUUCAAACUAUACGAUUGCACUUUAAUCAAAAGUGUGACGCAUAUUUGGUAAAAAAAAAAAAAAAAAAAAAAAUAUCAUUCGCAGCAUCAGUGAAAACAUCAUAGUAGUAGUGGUAGAUAAAACAACGUUUAUGCAAAAUCGAGUAAUUAUAGAAAACUUUCGUCAUAUCCAAUUAAUGUAUACCACGUAUUAAUGUAAAAACUGCACAACGCGCCGUUGAUUUCACGAAUAACUUAACGAAGAUCGAUAUCGUUUGUUGCAUUAUAAAAAGGACACGUGCAUGUUUCGUUAUGUCACCGACGUUAUUCAUAAGUAAGAUAUAUAUUGUAACGUGCGUUAAACGUAUUAUAUUGUAUCACGGCGUCAUUCAUAUAAAAUAUGUUAACAAGAUAUUACGCUGCAAAUUCAAUGUGGUUUUUGAUGCUGAUAUAUUGUUAUUUGAAUAAAUAAGGAAAACAAAAUUAUUCAACAUUA